AUGAAGGUCGAGUUUGCCCCCAUCAACGUCCCCCUAAAGAGAAGGAUCCAGACAGUCGCCGUGCUGCAGUGGAUCUUCUCCUUCCUCCUGCUGGCAGAGUUUUGCUGUGGAUUCUUUGUGAUCCUGAUCCUAGGCAACUUCUGGUUCCUCGCGGUUCUGUACCUGCUGUGGCUGUACCUCGACUGGGAAACGCCAUGCACAGGGGGCAGACGGUCCCAGUGGGUCAGAAGCUGGACUGUUUGGAAGUACUUUAGGGAAUACUUCCCCAUUCACCUUAUAAAAACUUCUGAUCUGAAUCCAAAUCACAACUACUUACUUGGCUUUCACCCUCAUGGGGUCCUGGUAGCUGGAGCCUUCGGAAACUUUUGCACCGGUCCAAGUUUCAAAAAUUUAUUUCCUGGGCUUACUCCAUAUCUUCAUAUCAUGCCCAUCUGGUUCAGCUGUCCCUUCUUCAGAGAAUACGUAAUGAGUGCUGGAAUGGUUUCUGCAUCCAAGGAGAGCGUCUCGUACGUCCUGAAUAAGGAAGGAGGUGGCCACGCGUCCGUCAUCGUGAUUGGAGGAGCGGAGGAAUCUCUGAAUGCACAUCCUGGAAGUUUAACUUUAAACAUCCUCAAGAGGAAGGGCUUUAUUAAAAUGGCCUUGAAACAUGGGGCUCAUCUGGUCCCAGUGUUUUCCUUUGGUGAAAAUGAACUAUUCAAGCAAGUUGCAAACCCCAAAGGUUCAUGGCUCAGAAAUGUACAGGAGAAGUUGCAAAAGAUAAUGGGCUUUGCUUUACCGCUAUUUCAUGCUAGAGGAAUAUUUCAAUACAGUUUCGGCUUAAUACCUUACAGGCAACCUAUUCAUACUGUUGUGGGAAGCCCCAUCCCUGUAAAACGGAACUUGAACCCCACCACUGAAGAGAUUGAAGAGCUACAUGCAUUGUACCUACAGAAACUAAGAAAAUUAUUUGAAGAACACAAAAGAAAUUAUGGGAUCCCUGAGCAUAAAUCUCUCAUCUUUGAGUAGCAAAUUGUAAUUCCAAAUCUCAUGGAAAAAAACAGUGUAUGCUGAAAGAUGCCUUUCUUGCAAUCUGUAUUUUGCAAUCUGUAAUUAUCCUUGUGUAAGGAAUAAUUUUAAGAAGGGAUUAUUAGAUGAUUUAUUGAUUUUUAUCUUACUCUUGGGGAAAAAAAAAUCCUUAGGGUGUGAGCCUCGAAGCCAGUACUGUUUUGAGUUGUCUUUUUAGGUUCAUCUGUACCAGAAAUGCUAGUGAGAGACUCCACGCAGAUGUUCUUACCACCAUGGUACCUAACCAUAGCUUGAGCAGAGGAAAUUGCCCCAGCAUGAGAUCACAAGCAGGAAAAGCAUAAACCUGGGAAGUCUUUGAUUAAAAGUUGAGAGACUUACCAGCAUGUCUCAAACAUGACAUCGGGUUGUUCUCUGAAUAUCAGAAAGCCCUGCUGCUCCUCCAUAGACAUGAAGGUGUAUGUUUUCAGCAGAUGGCUAUUAUAAGCCAUUUACAUGUGAAUUCAAGAAGAAAUAGGAGCUUUCUGCCCUGUAUAGGAUAUCGGCAAAAGUGGUUUGUCCGAGUUGCGGAGCAGAGCAAACCCUCUGUGUGGAGGAGAACAGCGCGUUGAGUUUUCUGUGUGCACGUAUAUGCUGGGUGGUGGGAAGCACUGAAUGAUGUGACUUUUUUGGACAAGCUGUGCUUUGGAUCGCCAGUUUGGAAGAUGAAGCAGCUUUGUUUGGUUCCAGCCUCGGAGGAGAUGGCAGGCGCAGGACAGGAGAGGUGUACCGAGGAAGCUAGUGGGGGAAUCACGUGAACUUUACAUCUUGUGCAACUUAAAAAUGAUCAUAUGCCAGGCGCUUCCACAGAAGGAAGGGGAGCCCAGUUUCAGUCUAGUUCUGAAACUUCACCAAGGAAAGCAUACUUGAUAUAUGCCUUUUUCUUCCCCACCGAUAGAUGUGGGGAAGUAUGUGGAAAGCUGUGCUGCAGUGUAACACAGCUGUAAUUGCCAAGGCAGGGUGAGCACAGCUCUAGGGUGCAGCAGGUUAAGAGGAUGCUUUCUAUACAAACCAGGUGCCUAAAUUUGAGAGAAGGUUUAUCCUAAAUGUGGAUAUUCAUUUAAGAAAAGAAAAGAAAAAAAAAAUCUUAGCCAAACUCUUUUUCAGUUAAAAUGCCUAGGUCUUGGAGAUGGUGGUGUGUGAAGAGAAUUAUAGUAUAUUAUUGCAUUUUUUACGAGAUAAAUCCUUGUAUUUGUAAAUGCUUUCUAUCUGCACGUGGGCUUUGCAGAUCUGGUUCUAUUGAAGCAUUGGGUUUGCUUUGAGCAGUUUUGGUGCCUGAAUAUUAUGUCAGUUAGGUGCUCUGACGGGACAUGCGCAGGCUUGUCAGGCAGCCUGGGGCAUCUGCAGCCGGGUCAGUUCAGCACUGGGGUGCUCCAGGAAUAGCAGGAGUGGCUCCACAAAGGCACUGGACACACUGUGUGCUUGCUGGGCUGGAGUCUCCUUAGAAGAAAGGCGGUUGGGACUGUGGGAAAAAGUUAAAACUCUGGAAAGAAAAGAUCUUAGCAAGAGGAAGGUGUUUAAUGAAAAGAGUGGAAAUAUCUUGACUCCUACGGAGUGGACUCCUAAUGAACCAAAGCCCCAAAGCUGAAUAAAUAUUUGCCAGACAGAGCAGAUGUAUGUUGAUCUGAUGUGCUCCGAAAAAACCUCCAGCAACAAGUUGGUUUCCUUAGGAAGGCUGUUCCUUCUAGUGCCUAUCUGUCAUUCAGAUGAGACCCGCACCGAGCCGGUGAAUCCCACUCUCGCUUUCUCUAGGAUGACAGAUGUCUUUCUGAGAGCCAGGGUUGGAAUUCGUGAUGCCUGAAGAAGUAGCCCCCUCUUCCCUGACAGACUGCUGUCGAUGUGCCCACAAUUCACCUCUACUCUACUCGAGCUUUCUUGGCGCCGCGUGUGCUUGCCCUCCCUUCCCAUGCUUUUGCUGCACUGUGGUGUAGACAUCUUACUUCCUCGCUCUCUGUCCAUCUUUCCCUGGGUUAAGAUCUCUGAAGGACUAUG